CACACACACACACACACACACAAACACACUGAUGCAAACAGGCAGGAAGUCGUAGAUGAGCUGCUGCUCCGACGCACGCACAGAUCCUCCAGGUUGGUCUUGGUGUUCUGGUAAGAACUGAGAAACAACCAUGAAGUCCAGGAGUCAGGACCAGAGUCUGUCUGACUCCAGAGAGCUGGACCGAUCCUACGACCCGCUGACAGGUAAUCCUCCAUCCAAACCCAAUAAGAAGACCAUAAAGCAGCGGUUCCUCAAACUGCUCCCCUGCUGUCGCUCCGACUCCAGCUCUUCAGUCGCUCAAAGCAAGUGUCACAGAACACACAGUUCGAAAAUGAAACACUGUAGUAUAACUGAUGAUGCUGAACUGUCGGCGGUGCGUUACCGACCGGAGGGGCUCGACCUCCUCGUACAGAAGACCAACUUCAGCAAGAAAGAGCUGCAGGUCCUCUACCGGGGAUUCAAAAACGAGUGUCCCAGUGGUGUGGUGAACGAAGAGACUUUUAAAACCAUCUACUCGCAGUUCUUCCCUCAUGGAGAUUCAAGUAUGUACGCACAUUUCCUCUUUGAAGCAUUUGACACCCGCAGCAAUGGCUCGGUCAGCUUUGAGGAUUUUGUUGUUAGUCUGUCCAUCAUCUUAAGAGGCUCCAUCACUGAUAAACUCAACUGGGCCUUUAAUCUGUACGAUCUCAACAAAGACGGCUGCAUCACCAGAGAGGAGAUGACGGACAUCAUGCACUCCAUCUACGACAUGAUGGGGAAGUAUACCUACCCCUGCAUGCUGGACAAUGCUCCCAAGGAGCAUGUGGACAACUUCUUCCAGAAAAUGGACAAGAACAAUGACGGAGUGGUCACCAUCGAGGAGUUCCUGGAGACAUGCCAAAAGGAUGAAAGCAUCAUGCAGUCCAUGCACAUGUUUGACAGUGUGAUCUAAAGCUUAGUGGACACGGACAUUAAAUGUUUCCCUCCCGCCUGGAGUCUGCAGUCAGAGUGGACGAUGACUCUGCGCCCAAACAAGAGAGGAGUAGGGUGCAAACGGCAAUGUCCUGAGGAUAUCUACCCCAAAACCACCUCUUCUUGUGAAAUGUUUUUCUUUUAUUAAGAUUGUAUAGGAAGACAUCAAAAGGUGGAAUCUGGUGUUUUAAGAUCUUGAGCCUCUGCAGGCCAAUUUGAACAAUCUACUUAAUGCUCUGAUGAACAGCAGAAGACGACUGUCGUGACCUCAACUUAUCGUGCUUUCUCUGUUGCAUGAAUGAAUGUGCAGACACAUGGAACCAACUGAACGAUGCUCAGAAUGUUGUAGAGCCUCACCCACUGUUUAUACUCACUGUUAUACCUUGAUAAAGGAUGGCUCUAAUGACGGGAUGAAGUUUGAACCCAAGCAAUAAUCUUGAUUGAAACAUGCUAUUAAUUCUGUCCUCACGGUGCCCCACACUCACAUAUACUAUAAUGCUGUAUAUUGUGUCUGCAUGAUGUGUCUGCUUUGACAGGCCAUUGAAAUGAUUAAUUUAAGUGUUGAUAUAUUUUCUAUAUGGACGUGGUGACAAUGGCGAUGAUGGAGUUGAAUAAAAC